GAGAAGAAGAACUAACUUACUCCAUUUUCAGUCUCUUAGCGGCGUCAGUACUUACUAAGACUUAGAAGAAGUCAAAAGGGAGUAAAAACAACCAGAAGACGGGUGACAUGUUGGCUGAAGGUUUUCUUAGGUUACUGCGUUACAGGGAGGAAAGCAAGUUUGCCACUACUUGCAAGCGAAAGCGGUGGCAGACAAGCACUCAUUGUACCGACCCACUCAGCUGUCCUCCCUCUGACUCGAGAUCUGCAGACCCUCCGAUUCAGCAUUCGGUUGAAGCAGGGCCACACCAGGAACUGCAACACCCCAGCCAAGCCCAGGGGCUGAGAGUGAUUCCUCAGGUUCCAGGCCUUUUAAUUCCCGGGUGUUCACCCAUAAUCACCGUGCAUCCUGUUUGUAUUGAAGACUGCAGCCUCCUGGAACAAUAUCCAGACCUACAGGUGGCCGAUUCAGGUCGCAUCUCUUACAAUCCUCCGAGAGUUGCCGUCAGCCCGAAUGACUUCCACAUUCAGCCUCCUGACUCUGAGGUGUGUCCUCAGCCAGAACCCCAGAAUGAACCACCUGGUGAUGCAGUUACAUCCAUACCAGACCAGGGUUAUCUGGUCAUGGGGGCUAGUCAGAACAUCAGCCUGGAUCUCCCUGGAUCAGGUUUGGAGCCCAUGUCAAACUCAGUGCUAAAUGGGCUCCUGCAAAAACAGCUGGAGGAGGUUUACAUGCAGCAUCUGACUGAUAACUUAGCUCGAUGCAACUCCCAGCUGGAGAACAGCCUCCUGCACGGCCUGGUGCUGCCGCCCCAGCCUGACUGCCACUCAGGGGGACCCUACUCACUUGAAGCCAGUCUGGAAGGAGGAGGGGACAGCAGCAACAAAAUUAGUUAUCUGAACACCCACAAUUUAGGUGCCUGCUCAUCCAACUUCAGCUCCCCAGUUUUGAGGAUUUCAGAGUCAGACAAUCCUCAUCCUUAAGAAAACAUCAUACCAAAAUAAUAAAUGUAAUACUUAAUCAGUUGUUUGUAUCCAUUUAAACUCAAGUUUGUGCAUAUUGCCAAAGGGACAGAGGUAUGAUGUACAAACAAGUGCAUUUCAUUGUAUUGGAGUUAUUUUUAUGCAGUACCUUGCUUGCUUGAUGAAAUGAGUCCUUAAAACACAGCUGCUUCAAUACGCCAUCUGCUGGUCAUUUCUAGUACUGCUCCACCAGAAAUCUAUCUGACAUUUGCUCAAAUGUAUUUUACUGAAAUUAAAAGUGAUUAUGUGUGGUUGUUAUUAUAUUAAAAAAGUUGUA